CGACAGAAAACACCAUUUCUAGUAGUUACCAUAGCCACAAAGUCAAUUUUGACAAUAUCGUAAAGAAUCAUGAAAACAAAAAUUAGCUUUUUGGUCUUAAUUUAGGUUUAUGCAUAAGGUUAGCAGUGUGGCUAUGGUUAGGCUUAAGGUUAGUGUUAGGGUCAAAAUGACAUUUUAAGAAGAUAGAUUGUAGAAAUAGGCGGGGUGUAUGACUUUGUGACUGUUGUAACUAGUAACGACCAGGAACGGCGAUUUUGGUUUGUUUACAUAAAACGGACCUAGAGCACAAGGGCCACAAAGGAACAAAUUAGACAAAAAGACAUGUCUUAAUGUAUUUCAUACCUAUUGCGCCCAGCUGUGGAGAACGUCCUCAUUCAUGCCCCAGACAGUUGAAGCAUGCUGGUAGUAACGUUAGUAUGCAGCCCAACAUAAUCAGAAGAGAUGCCGGAGUCUGGCAUCAAACGAAAAGCCUGCUUUACAAGAAUCUUCUCAUCAAAUGGAGGACUAAACAACAGAGUCUGCAGGAGUUGAUCCUGCCGCUGCUGCUGCUGUGCCUGCUGAUUCUGAUCAGCACCCUGAACCCACAUGUCUACUACGGAGGCAUCAGUACCAUGGAGCUGGAGAGGGAGGACUACCACUUACUCAAGGGCCUGGGAUACACCCCCAUUAACAAUGCCACCAAUCACAUCAUGGAGGAGGUGGCCCAGGAAAUGCACUUGCAGGAUCGCCUGGAGAUGUUCUCUAGUGAAGAGGAUCUGGAGAAUGCCAGUCUUUAUGAGCCCUCAGGCUACGUUGGGGUGGUCUUCAUGGGCAGCACACCCACCUCUUACAGGUUGCGCUUCCCUUACAACCAUCUGCCCCUGCCCAGCGACUACACUGAAUCUAUUGCCAACUGUUUUGCCAGCUCAGUGAACUGCAGAGCAGCUAAUUACUGGUACUCUGGCUUCAUCCGCCUCCAGACUCUCAUCGACGCCGCCAUCAUACAGAUGCAGACCAAGCGGUCAGUAUGGAGUGAGAUGGACCACCUGCGUGUGGUGAUGAUGGGCCAGCCAGGGUCAGUGGAGGUCCAAAAGUUUCCCCACGCUCUCAUCUCCAUCUACCUGGUGCUGGCUUUCACACCCUUCAUCACCUUCCUCAUCGUCAACGUGGCAGCAGAGAAGGAACACAGGCUCAAAGAUACCAUGACCAUGAUGGGCCUCUAUGACUCUGCCUUCUGGCUAUCGUGGGGCCUGCUGUAUGCAGCUCUGGUCACCACCAUGUCCAUCCUCAUGUCCAUCAUCGCUACCUAUACAGCUCUCUUCCCCAACAGUGACUUCAUCGUCAUCUUCCUCCUCAUCUUCCUCUACGGCAUCUCCUCUAUCUUCUUCUCCUUCAUGCUGACCCCUCUGUUUAAGAAGCCUAAGUUUGCCAGUACGGUGGGCUCAAUGCUGACUGUGGUGUUCGGCUGCCUGUCCCUGUUCACUGUCCUGAUGAAGGACUUCCCCCAGCCGCUGGUCUGGGUUCUUUGUCUGCUGUCCCCCAGCGCAUUCUCCAUCGGCAUUGCCCAGGUGGUGUACCUGGAGGCCCAGGGGGACGGAGCUGUGUUCGCUACCCUGGCCAACGGCCCCCAUCCCCUAUACGCCCCCCUUGUCAUGCUCGUCCUGGACUGUAUACUCUACCUGCUGCUGGCUGUCUACCUGGACCAGGUCCUACCAGGUGAGUUUGGCAUGCGGCGCUCCCUGGUAUACUUCAUGAAGCCAUCCUAUUGGUCCAAGCGCAGUAAGCGCUACGUCGAGGUGAGCUCUGUGUACGAGACGGAGGUGAACGGGGCCACAGGAGUGAAUGAGUCUGUGGAGCCCGUCUCUCCGGAAUUCAGGGGGAAAGAGGCCAUCCGCAUUAACAACAUCCGCAAGGUGUACAAAGAGAAGGACAGCAUCGUGGAAGCUCUGAGGGGCUUGACCUUUGACAUCUAUGAAGGUCAGAUCACAGCCCUCCUGGGCCACAGCGGAGCAGGGAAGUCCACUCUGAUGAACAUCCUGUGUGGGAUCUGUCCUCCGACUGACGGCCACGCUUCCAUCUAUGGCUCCCCUGUGGCAGAGAUAGCUGAGGGGGCAGAGAUGAGGCAGCUGGUGGGCAUCUGCCCUCAGUUCAACAUCAUCUUUGACGUGCUCACUGUAGAAGAGCACCUGAGGAUAUUUGCUGCCAUUAAAGGGAUUCUGCCCUCUGACAUUGACAAUGAGGUGUCCAAGGUGCUGAAGGAUCUAGACCUGGAGAAGAUCAUGGACGCCCAGGCUAAAAACCUGAGUGGAGGCCAGAAGAGGAAAUUGUCUGUGGGCAUAGCCAUCCUGGGAGACCCCAAGAUCCUGCUCCUGGAUGAGCCUACUGCUGGUAUGGACCCCUGUUCCAGACACCAGGUGUGGUCUCUGCUGAAGAGUCGCAGAGCAGGCAGAGUCACGGUGCUCAGCACACAUUACAUGGACGAGGCAGACAUACUCGCUGACCGCAAAGCUGUGAUCUCUCAGGGCCAACUUAAGUGUGUUGGUUCUUCCUUAUAUCUCAAGACCAAGUGUGGAGUAGGAUACCACCUCAGAAUGUCUAUUGGUGGACGGUGUGAGGUGGAUGGUGUCACAUCAUUGGUCAAGCACCACGUCCCCAAGGCGCAGUUGUCACGGCAACAAGAGGCUGAGCUGACAUUCACCCUCCCUUUCGAAAGCAUGGACACCUUUUCAGGAUUGUUCUCAGAACUAGACUGCAGGCCAGACCUGGGUAUCAUCAACUACGGGGUGUCCAUGACAACGCUGGAGGAUGUGUUUCUUCGUCUGGAGGCUGAGGCUGAGGUGGACCAGGCUGACUACAGUGUGUUCAACCAGGAGCAGGUUGAGGAUGAGGGUGAUGCAUCCUCUCUGGACGACACUGACCAAAGACUACUGACCUUCUCUGACAGCAAGCCAGAGGCGGUCCAGGGCCAUGCUCUGUGGAGACAGCAGUUCAGCACCGUGGCCUGGCUACACAUGCUCAACAUGCAGAGAGAGAGGAAGGCCUUUGUCUACACUCUGGCAUUGUUCCUGGUCUUCCUAGCUGCUGUGCUAGUAUUGUCUCUGGCUACGGGGAACAUCCAGAUCCACGCUCCAGAACGGCAGUUUCUCCCCAUCUACCUGCUGAGACCGAACCAGGCUCCCCGGAAAUACACCACCAGUCUACUGGUCCAGAACUCAUCAGGCUCGGAUAUCUCCGACUUCAUCCGUAACCUGGAAUCUCAGGACAUCAAGGUGGAGAUGAUGAAGAACACAGACUACAUGUCCUGUGCUCCUCACAGUGCAGCCAUCAACGUCACCGGAUCCAACAAGGGUUUCAGAUACAGUGUAGCAUUCAACAGUACUACCGUCCACUCUUUGCCCAUGACAGUCAACGUCCUCAGUAACGCCAUCCUACGAGGUCUCAACGGCACACAACGCAUCCACACCUGGACCAAGCCCUUCGACUAUCAAAUUCCCGACGCCACGUCAUAUGCUCUGGUCUACAUUGAGGCUAUCAUACUGGGGAUGCUAGCUGCAGGCAUGCCUGCCUACUUCGCCAUGGACCACACCCGAGACAGAGAGAUAAAGUGCCGUUCAACGCUGCGUAUCUCUGGCCUGGUCCCGUCUGCGUACUGGUGUGGUCAGGCUGCAGUGGACAUCCCCUUCUACUACCUCAUACUGACCACCAUGACCAGCAUCCUCUUCUCCUUCCAUACUGCCAACCUGCUUACCUCUAGCAACGUCACCGCAGUGAUCCUGUGUCUGAUAGGUUUUGGUCCAGCUAUGAUCCUGUUCGCCUAUGUGGUGUCUUUCAUGUUCACACGCGUCCAGAGUAACAGAGACUUCUUCUCUGUGGUCUCAAUGAUGGUGUGUGUGGUGUCUGCCUCCAUCGUCCAGCUGUCAUUUGUGAACGACAACCCCGGGCUGACGAGGAUCCUCCACAAUACACUAUGUUUCUUCAACCCUCUCUACCCCUUAAUGGGCUGCCUUAAUUCUAUCACCAAGGCCACCUUCCUGCCCUCCCUCUAUGAAGAGGACUUCCUCUGGAAGAACCUGCUCAUAGCUGUCCUAUCUCCCUAUCUGCAGUGCAUCCUGCUGCUGUUCAUACUGCGCUGGUUGGAGAUCCGCUAUGGAGGGAGGACCAUGAAGAAUGACCAGUUCUGCAGGAUCUCUUCCAAUACUAAGGCUAAAGUGGAGCGUAACCCAGAGGAGGGGAUCAACGAGGAUGAAGAUGUUCAGAUGGAAAAGGCUCGGGUGAAGGAGGCCCUCACCUGCCAGUGCUGUGAGGAGAAACCAGUAGUGGUGGUGAGUAACUUGAGGAAGCAGUUUAAAUGUCCAAGGGAAGGAAUCUCUCUCAAGAAGAGGAGGACGGUAGCCACCAAGAACAUCUCCUUCUGUGUACGCAAAGGUGAGGUGCUUGGACUGCUGGGGCCCAACGGAGCAGGGAAAAGCACCAUCAUGCAUAUGUUGUCUGGAGACACAGUCCCAACCGCUGGACAGGUCCUGAUGGGGGACUACAGUACAGAGUUCCGUCCAGUAGACAACCCCCUGGAACAUAUAGGCUACUGUCCCCAGGUCAGCCCUUUGUGGCCCCGCAUCACCCUGGAGGAACACCUGGAGAUCUACGCUGCCAUCAAGGGCCUCCGCGGACAGGACGUCCCUGGCAUCAUCACACGUGUGGUGAAUGCUCUGGAGCUGAAGGGCCACCUCCACAAGCAGGCCAAAAACCUCUCAGCUGGGAUCAAGAGGAAGUUGUGCUUUGCUCUCAGCAUGUUGGGGAACCCUCAGAUAGUUCUGCUGGACGAGCCUUCUACAGGGAUGGACCCCAAAUCCAAACAACGCAUGUGGAGGGCUAUCCGGGCAGCGUUUAAGAACCGCCAGCGUGGGGCCAUUCUGACCACUCACUACAUGGAGGAGGCUGAGGCUGUGUGUGACCGCGUGGCCAUCAUGGUGUCAGGGCAGCUCAGGUGUAUUGGGUCUAUCCAGCACCUGAAGGGGAAGUAUGGGCGUGGCUACAGCCUGGAAUUGAAGCUGAGAGAGGAGCUGACGGGGCUCCAACAAGUGGCACUGCUCCACAAGGAGAUACGUCGAAUCUUCCCUCACGCUGCAAGACAGGAGAGCUUUGCCACCCUGAUGGUUUACAAGAUCCCCAUGGAGGAUGUCAAGUCACUGGCCAAGUCCUUCUCUCAGCUAGAGAGUGCUAAGCAAGCCUUCAACUUUGAAGAGUACAACUUUUCACAAUCAACCUUAGAGCAGGUCUUCAUGGAGUUUGCUAAGGAGCAGGAGAACGAGGAGGAAGAGGUGGGUUCCCUCAGCACCACGUUCCAGUGGCAGCGGCUCCGCCAGGACGGCCCUGUGCCUGUCAACCACACAGACAGCAUUGUGCACCAGCUCUGAGCUCCACUGGGGGGGGGGGGGGUGGCCCGGCACAGUCUCUGGGCUCCCAUUCUCCCUGCCUACAUGGCACUAACCUCGUCCCCAGCCUAAAGAGGCUGGAAUCGAGUUUACUAUGGCACAGGCUAUGCCAGCCCUGGCAAUGCACUCACCCCUCACCUCACGGCUAACACCACCACCCACCACCAGCCCAAACUAAUAGGACAAGAUGGGCGUCACAGGACGGAUGGAUGCCCCUAUGGACAUGGCCCUGGAGGGCUAGCAACUACACACUCACACCGGAACUGUGUGUGUUUGGGAUGGGAAGUCUCUCUGGGGCUGAGGUGUGUGAGUUGUCCGAACUACUGUGUGUUUUCUGACCUUUGCACUGACUAACCAAGGGGCCUGCUCCACUCCACCCAACCAGAAUCUCCCUCCUCUGAUGACGCACUGAUACGACUAAUACCUACUACGUUUUUUUAAUAGGUUUUAUUUUAUUUUUUAUCUGAAUUCACAGCAAGUUCGUAUAUAUGGAUAUAUAUAUUUAAGUAAUAAGGCCCUAGGAGGUGUGGUAUAUGGCCAAUAUACCACGGCUAAGGGCUAUUCUUAUGCAUGACCCAUCGCGGAGUACCUGGACACAGCCCUUAGCCAUGGUAUAAUUGCCAUAUACCACAAAACCCGAGGCGCCUUAUUGCUAUUAUAAAUUGGUUACCAACAUAAUUAGAGCAGUAAAAAAUAAAUGUUUUGUCAUACCUGUGGUAUACGGUCUGAUAUACCACAGCUGUCAGCCAGUCAGCAUUCAGGGCUCGAACCACCCAGUUUAUAAAUAUAGAUCUUCUUAUAUAUAUAUACUACAGUUCAAAAGUUUGGGGUCACUGAGAAAUGUCCUUGUUUUUGAAAGAAAACCUAGGCAGAGUUCCUCUGUCGAGUGUCUGUGUUCUUUUGCCCACCUUAAUCUUUUAUUUUUAUUGGCCAGUCUGAGAUGUGGCUUUUUCUUUGCAACUCUGCCUAGAAGGCCAGCAUCCCGGGGUCGCCUCUUCACUGUUGACGUUGAGACUGGUGUUUUGCGGGUACUAUUUAAUGAAGCUGCUGCUGUCUGUUUCUCAAACUAGGGGCGGCAGGGUAGCCUAGUGGUUGGACUAGUAACCGUAAGGUUGCAAGUUCAAACCCCCGAGCUGACAAGGUACAAAUCUGUCGUUCUGCCCCUGAACAGGCAGUUAACUCACUGUUCCUAGGCCGUCAUUGAAAAUAAGAAUUUGUUCUUAACUGACUUGCCUAGUUAAAUACGGGUAAAACAUUUUUUUUAAAGACACUCUAAUGUACUUGUCUUCUUGCUCAGUUAUGCACCGGGGCCUCCCACUCCUCUUUCUGUUCUGGGUAGAGCCAGUUUGCGCUGUUCUGUGAAGGGAGUAGUACACAGCGUUGUAUGAGAUCUUCAGUUUCUUGACAAUUUCUCGCAUGGAAUAGCCUUCUUUUCUCAGAACAAGAAUUGACUGAUGAAUUUCAGAAGUUAUUUGUUUCUGGCCAUUUUGAGUCUGUAAUCGAACCCAGAAAUGCUGAUGCUCCAGAUACUCAACUAGUCUAAAGGCCGGUUUUAUUGCUUCCUUAAUCAGCACAACCGUCUUCAGCUGUGCUAAAAUAAUUGCAAAAGGGUUUUCUAAUGAUCAAUUAGCCUUUAAAAAUUAUAAACUUGGAUUAGCUAACACAAUGUGCAAUUGGAACACAGGAGUGAUUGUUGCUGAUAAUUGGCCUCUGUUCGCCUAUGUAGAUAUUCCAUAAAAAUUCUGCCGUUCCCAGCUACAAUACUCAUUUACAACAUUAACAAUGUCUACACUGUAUUUCUGAUCAAUUCGAUGUUAUUUUAUGGGACAAAAUAUUAGCUUUUCCUUCAAAAACAAGGACAUUUCUAAGUGACCCCAAACUUUUGAACCGUUAUUUAUAUAUAUAUAUAUAUAUAGUAUUUAUUGAUUCCUUUUACUUUCCAUCCAUUUCCCUACCUGGGGUACCCUCGUCCCUAGGCAAAUUGGAAGUGUCUAGUGAACAAGAUUAUCCAUGGGGAAUCAGUGCAGUAAGUGUGUUUGCUCGUGUCUUCCACUGUGUUUGUGAAACUUUGUGUGUUUUAUAACAACACCGAUCCAGUUCUGGCUCUAGAUCCACUAGAACCAAAGCAGUACAUCCCUAUUUACUCACACACUCCUAACCUAACACGUUGACACUAAGGUGCUUUUAGCGUCUGUAGCAUGAUAUGGACUAUUUGUGUCGUAGUUGUGUCGGUUGCUUGUUCUGAGUACAGAUAAACUACUGACAGAUCAACUGACAGAUCUCCAGUACAGACAGAGUUACUGGCAGAUGGAGUGGCCUUUUUUUGUUGCAAAAGAGGAAACCCAGCUGAACUGGAGCUCCUGUCCCUCUCCUCCCCUGCAUCGCCCUCUGGUGGGUGUGAAGAAAAUCACACCUCACUCUGCCCCUGCCUCUUCUGCACUUAAGGGUUUGUUGCUGUUACUGUAUGUUUCUCUCUGGCUGCAUCUGAAAUGGCACAAUAUUCACUACUUGCUCUGGUCAAAAGUAGUGCACUAUAUAGGGACUAGGGUGCCAUUUCCUCUAUGUUUCUGUGGGGCACUGAGUGCUGUAUCUCCUCUACACCAGCAUGCAUUUUAGUGUUGUUCCGGCCCAUUGUAUACUAUAAACACAGCUCUCCCCAGUUCUCAUAGACAAGGAGAAAGAGGCCUGCUUUUCAGUGACUUAACAUGCUUGUCUGAGAGGAAGAAUUAUGGAUAAAUAAGGAGAAGAUGGUCAGUAUUGUAGUGAUGUUAUAAAAGGCACAAGUGUAAAGUUUAGUAUGGAGGGUUUAGGGUGGAGAGUUUAGGACAUGUGCUCACACUGCCCAGUGGCCUUCCACUCCUACAAUACUUUAGUGUCUAAAUAGGAAUGAUAGCUUGGUAAUGUAGUAUCUUAAAUUCACAUCAGUACAUGUAGCACUCUGGCUUCAUCAAACAUUUGGUAUGGGAACCAAGUCACCAACCCUAGAGAAUCAGUCAAUUUGAAAAAUAUUGUUUGGAAGAGUAGUUCUUGUUUUUAUUUUAUUAUUAUGAUAUAUUUGGAUUAUUUUAUCUUGGCCAGGUGUGCUCAAAUUGGUAUUUUGUGACAAAGUGAAUCUUGAAUGUAUGAACAAAAAUCAUGCCUCCAAAAAGAGGCUUCUUAUUUUAUCUAGGUGACUUAGUUUUUGAAGUUCUGUUGGACUGAAAGGAGUUCAGUUUUCACUCUGUCACACUGGUGCCGCUUUUAACCACAGAUAUAUUUUAUUAUUUGUAUUUUGUGUGUGUGCGCAUGCGUGCGUGACUUAUGUUUGGCUACUGUUAUAAGACUACUACAGUACUAAUAUAACCCUCUCCAGGGAAGCACACUAAGUGUUGGUGCAAUACUUAAACAAUUUUAACAGUAAAAAUGUUAACUUUUUCUUGUGACAUUCAGGUGAGCUUUGAAAGAGCAAAUAAGAGAUGAACAGAAGGGAGUUGAGAAGAGAAUUCUUAGAAUGUGAGGAUGGAGGAACUGAGAGAAUAUGUUGGUUUCCUUGGUUUCCAAAUUGAGAGUCCAUGGAAUUGAACUAAUGUUUUCAGAUGACACUUUUGACCCUAUUUGUGAUGCGGGCGUAUGCUCGGCAUGGUAGAUUCUUGAUUGCUUGAAACGCAUGAUCCCUCUGGUUGCAAGUUGCAUCACAUACUUACAAAGAUGCAAACACAAUUUCAGGAUGCCCUAAAAAGUGUCUACAAUACCUAACUGUCUAUAUGUCUCACUAAAGGUAAAUAUAUUGUACAGUGCGGCAUAAUAUUAUGUCUAAUUUGAUAUAUUUUCCUGUAGCAUAAAUCACGAGUGCUUGCAUUUUCUACAGAAGUGUGUUCUUCAUCGUUCCGUAGAAGACGUGUCAUAGUAGAGAAUAUCAUCCUGCCGUAGAAGAUGUGUUGUAGUAGAGAAUAUCAUCCUGCCGUAGAAGAUGUGUUGUAGUAGAGAAUAUCAUCCUGCCGUAGAAGAUGUGUCGUAGUAGAGAAUAUCAUCCUGCCGUAGAAGACGUUUCGUAGUAGAGAAUAUGACAGUGAGUCAGAUUUGUUGAUGUCUCGCCAGCCUCUCUCUGAUACUGAGACUUAAUAUCAGUCUGUUGGCCAUGAGUCUGAAUUAAGAAACAUUCACAGAGAACAGGAGGCCUUCACUUAUUGUUUACGGGUGGUGUGGCCAUAGAAAUAUACUGUUGGCCUGAGGGGCACUGUUCCUUCUAGCGAUUAUAUUUCUGAGUGUAGCGCCUAUUUUGGGCAGUGAUAAUCAUUGAGCAAAAUGCCUCGUCCCUUUUUGCCUUCUAACAUAAACCCACCUCCCCUCCCUCUCUGUGAACUAGAUACAGUGGGGCAAAAAAGUAUUUAGUCAGCCACCAAUUGUGCGCAGUUCUCCCACUUAAAAAGAUGAGAGGCCUGUAAUUUUCAUCAUAGGUACACUUCAACUAUGACAGACAAAAUGAGAAGAAAAAUCCAGAAAAUCACAUUGUAGGAUUUUUUAUGAAUUUAUUUGCAAAUUAUGGUGGAAAAUAAGUCGUCCUGGUCCCUUUGCAGAAAAACAGCCCCAAAGAAUGAUGUUUCCACCCCCAUGCUUCACAGUAGGUAUGGUGUUCUUUGGAUGCAACUCAGCAUUCUUUGUCCUCCAAACAUGACGAGUUGAGUUUUUACCAAAAAGUUCUAUUUUGGUUUACACUCUCCCAAUCUUCUUCUGGAUCAUCCAAAUGCUCUCUAGCAAACUUCAGACGGGCCUGGACAUGUACUGGCUUAAGCAGGGGGACACGUCUGGCACUGCAGGAUUUGAGUCCCUGGCGGCGUAGUGUGUUACUGAUGGUAGGCUUUGUUACUUUGGUCCCAGCUCUCUGCAGGUCAUUCACUAGGUCCCCCCGUGUGGUUCUGGGAUUUUUGUGAUCAUUUUGACCCCACUGGGUGAGAUCUUGCGUGGAGCCCCAGAUCGAGGGAGAUUAUCAGUGGUCUUGUAUGUCUUCCAUUUCCUAAUAAUUGCUCCCACAGUUGAUUUCUUCAAACCAAGCUGCUUACCUAUUGCAGAUUCAGUCUUCCCAGCCUGGUACAGGUCUACAAUUUGGUUUCUGGUGUCCUUUGACAGCUCUUUGGUCUUGGCCAUAGAGGAGUUUGGAGUGUGACUGUUUGAGGUUGUGGACAAGUGUCUUUUAUACUGAUAACAAGUUCAAACAGGUGCCAUUAAUACAGGUAACGAGUGGAGGACAGAGGAGCCUCUUAAAGAAGAAGUUACAGGUCUGUGAGAGCCAGAAAUCUUGCUUAUUUGUAGGUGACCAAAUACUUAUUUUCCACCAUAAUUUGCAAAUAAAUUCAUUAAAAAUCCUACAAUGUGAUUUUCUGGAUUUUCAUAGUUGAAGUGUACCUAUGAUGAAAAUUACAGGCCUCUCUCAUCUUUUUAAGUGGGAGAACUUUCACAAUUGGUGGCUGACUAAAUACUUUUUUGCCCCACUGUAUUUUCUCACGUCUCAUCUCCAACCUGGGGUGCAGAAGCUUUAUAGUCGUCAUCUCAACUUUUUAAGGGAUAUUUUUUAUUACAACAUUGUUUAUUUUAAUGGGGAGCUGUGUGACUUAGUUUUGUAAUGUGGUGGUUGGGUUAUUGAGGUGAUGGAUAAUGUUGGAGCAAGUUACUUGAAGUGGUUGUUCAUAGCUUCUUUUGUCUCUCUACCAUGUCAUGUGUGUGGUUUAGUUUAUCAUUAUGCUUAUUGUGUUGUCUUUUAAACUGAUGAAAAGUAAUUAAAGGAGAGGUUGAAGCCCAAGAAAUAGGAUGCAGUAGCAUCUGAGUCCUGUUUUGCCACCAUUGACCUUCAUUUGAUGGAAUAUAUGUUUUGUGUUUUCUAUUCAUAUAUAUUUUUUUUAAGAAAGGGAUCUGAAAAUGUAUGUUGGUAUAGGACCGGUCUGUUGGGUUUCUGUUCAUUUGCCCUCUGAAAUUAAUUACAAUUGGUUUUAUUUUAAAUUUGUAAAGCAUGUUUUCUACUUUACUCUCUCUAAGGAUAUUUGCUACUGAGCAUUGUUGGUGAAAAAUCAGUGUAUGGUUCUGUGAUUCAUGGUAUUUUUAUGAUGAUACGGUACAACCUCUCACAUGCAGCAUUUGUUGUCUGAUAAUCCUUCUUUCUAGAAUACCCCACUGACUGUAUGUUUAAAGAUAUUGCUUUGUUCUAUUGACAUACUCUAACACUAUCGUGUGAGUGGAGAGAGCAUUUUUUAUUUUUAACUCUGAACAUUAUUUUUGCACACAUGUAGCCUUGUGCUAUCGUCGCCACUAUAAUAGAGCGAAAAUAGAAUGUCUGUUGUGUUUCAUUCUGUAUGAGUUGUGUAUGGGGUGAGAUAGACUACAUUCACUGAAUUCUUAUCUAUUUCAAAGUAACUGCCCAGAUGUUCCAAAUUUCUAUAAUUACUUACAAUAUGAGUGAAGUGGUUUUCCUUCCAAUUAUUAUUUUUAAAUUACCUUAAAAAUCUGCUUUCCUGUGUCGGAAUGAUGUGGGUGUAUAACAACAACAAAAUGGUGUGUGCGUAUACCGGUCAAAAAUAUUCUUGCAAGUCGACCGCUGGUAUGCCAGCUCAGCCUCCUCUAGACCUCUGAUUGGCCAGCUCAUCCUCAGGGAGAUGACAUGUUCUAUGAGGAAAUAGCAUGCAUUUUUGAAAAGGUCUGUUUGAGAUCGUUUGAGGUGGGGUUGUUGUGUUUUUUUUUCCCCAAUGUAUGCCCCGGCCACAAACGAGUAUAGGACGAGUCAACAUUAGUUGGAUACGAGUUUACUAAAUUGUAACUUUUAAGUGAGAUUUUCACUUGGCAGUUACUUUAAGAUGUUUUUCCCAAGUGCAAUAUUUAGAUGUGUGUUGUCACAAGCGUUCUAUUAUAAAGGCUAUCAUGGUUAACUAAAA